CUUAGUAAGAGAGAUAUCCCUAAGGCAUAUAGCUUAAUAGUUAUAUAUCUUAAAAAACAAUUAAAAGCUAGGCAGUUUAUUAAUAAAGGAUUCUUUAUGGCUAAAGGAGAAUCCAGUACUAUAAAGGCAUUCAAAUAUUAUAACUACCCUAAGUAA